AUGGGGAAUCCAAGGGGUUUAGGGCUCCAUUUCAUUUUCGUAUGUGCUUUUCUGUUUGCAGGAGCUACAUUUACAACUUGUUUGGGUGAUGGAAAUAUGAGUGUGAUUUGCUCUGAGCAAGAACGACUUGCUCUUUUCAAGUUCAAACAGAGUGUCAAAGAUUUUUCUGGAAUGUUGUCUUCGUGGGUUGGCAAUGACUGUUGCCUGUGGGAAGGAGUCCACUGUGAAGAUACAACUGUUGAGAGCCUUAAUCUCAGAGGAUGUUGGAGAUAUAAAGAGAGUGAGGAUGACUGCUACUUAAGUGGUGAUGAGGUGAACCCUUGUUUGGCAGAGUUGAGCCAUCUCAAAUCCUUGGACUUGAGUGGGAAUGAUUUUGAAGGAAGUCAGAUCCCAAAGUUCUUUAGAUCCUUGAAACAACUGACAUACCUCAAUCUCUCUCAUGCUGGUUUUGAAGGUAUUAUUUCUCCUUAUAUUGGAAAUCUUUCUAAUUUAAAGGUUCUUGAUCUCAGUUCAAAUGGAGGUCUGAAGGCAGAUGACAUGGCAUGGACCUCUGGCCUUUCGUCACUUGAGUAUCUCGACUUGAGUGAAGUAGAUCUUGGCAGAGCAAAAAACAGGGACAUGGUGUUUUACAUGAUUCCUUCUUUAGAAGUGUUAAGUUUGUCAUGGUGUAGUCUUUCCAAUGCUGACUUUGGUCCUUUUCUUAACUCGAGUAGAAUACUUCCCAACAUCAAACACUUGGAUCUUAGCGAAAAUUCUUUCCAAGGUCCACUCCCUAACUUUUUUCAAAACCUUUCAUCCCUAACAUUCCUUGAUCUUUCAUACUUCGAUCUUAGCUUGGCAUGGAACUUUGCAAACUUGCUAAGCAUGAUCCCUUCUUUAUCUGAGCUGCAUUUGUCAGGUUGUGGGCUCGAUAAGACACAUCUAUCUUCCCCUCAUUUUAAUUUCAGUAGACUUUCAAACAUCCAACACUUGGUUCUUCGCGAAAAUUCAAUUGAAGGUGUAUUUCCACCUGUUUUCACAAACAUGAGCUCCCUAAGAGUCCUUGACCUCUCGGGAAACUUGUUGAAUUUAUCGGUCCCUGUUAUGCCCAACCUUCUAGAUCUUGAUCUUUCGGAUAACCGGUUUAAGCAGAUUAGGGAUGUUGGGAUUUGGAGACACUGCCAAAUCCCUGAAUCUCUUGGAAGAUUAAGAUAUUUAGAAGUAUUAGAUCUCUCUGAUAACAAGUUAACCGGUCAAAUUCCUUCAUUCCUUGGAAAUCUUUCCAAACUUGACCUUUCUUCUAAUCAAUUGAAUGGGACUAUUCCAGCUGCAAUUGGGAAACUUGCCAAACUCCAUUCUCUAGAUUUCUCUAAUAAUUCUUUACAAGGAGUAGUUUUUGAAGCCCAUUUUGCCGACCUUUCAAUGUUGAAGUACUUGGAUGCUUCUUUUAACACCAAGUUGACAUUCAAUGUUUCAAGUGACUGGAUGCCUCCAUUUCAGUUGGUAACUCUUCGACUCCGUUCUUGUAAUAUCACAAACGGAUUUCCACAGUAG